AACACAGCCACCUUUCCAAAGCUCUCCGUGUGUGAGCGCGGACUUCCCUGCUGCUGUGCUGGCUCAGCUGCAGCUGCACUGCCAUGUCAGCGGACCGCCACAUCCUGGCUUUAUUUAUAAGGAGAAUUACAAAAAAAUAAAUUGGGGAAAGAAAAAAAAAAAAAAAAAAAAGGGAGAAAAGAUGCGCCUGGAGGGGAAACGUCACAUUUUCAUUUGGAGCGACAGUGUGGCGAGACCGUGACCGAGCAGGGCAGAGGAAUAUAUAUGCGUCAGUGUCCCUCUGCAGAAAAAAGGGUCAAAGCGGCGGAUCUUCACCGGAUAAACGUCACAUAGCUGGAUGAUGCCAUGCAUUUGUUGAGACACGCAGGAUUUUAUGAUCGCACCACGUUUCAGCGGGAAUCUGCGUUAUCGCCGGCUGGAAGCCCCAACACCGGCUUCACGGGACCCGGACCCAACACAGGCUUUAGCUCAAAAGUUUAGACAGUUUAGAGGAAGAAGUCAGGCUUUGUGGUCGAGGUGCUGAGGUCAUAUCUGAAGUGUUAUAGAGAAAAAAGCACAUUUGUCUGCAUUUUUGUGUUAAACUUCGCCUACCAGUAUUUUUAGGCUCAUAUUUAGGUCUAGGUUAGAAAUUGACUCAGGCGCUGUCUAUAUACUAGGCUCAAAUGCAACGAAAUAAAGUUAAUAUUACAACUCUGACAAUGCCACCCUGGGAGCCCUUUACAGGAAGGGAAACUGGAGAAUGAAAGCGGAACAUCAGCGUCUAUAACCGGACACCCAGACGAAGGAAGAAGCAGGACAAACCACCACAUUAUUAUUAUUAUUAUUGUUAUUAUUAUUAUUUCUAUUUGGACUGGUCCAAAACACACUUCUUGCGUGGUCCUUGGACUCUUGCACAAUGCGGAUUAUGCUUCAAGUUAUUCUAGGAAUGUUUCAGUUCCUGCUGCUCACCAGAAUACCGACGUCCCAUGCCAAGCUCGCUCACUGGCGGCCUGCGGACUCCCCGAAAUCAAGAGAAGGUCGAGAAGUGCGACGAUGGCUGGAGGUGUACUCCCGCAGUGGGUGUGAGCCCCGGGACACUCUGGUGGAGGUUUGGCGAGAGUUGCCGGGUGAGAUCCACCAUCUUUUCGUCCCGUCUUGUGUGUCUGUGAGACGAUGCGGUGGCUGUUGUGCUGACGAGGCCUUGGAGUGUGUGCCUUCGCUCACACACACACUCACCAUGGAGCUGAUGAGAACGUCCUUCAUGAAACAUGAGUUAAUUGAGCUGCCCUUCAUAGAGCACAGCCAGUGCGAGUGCAGAUUAAAAGAAGAGUUCCAGCCAACACCUACGACAAGGCCUCUAAAUCACGCAAGAAAAGACAAGAAAAAGCAGGGGAGGAAGUCCAGACAGAGGAAGACUGGAGCUGUCAGAGCUGUGUUGUUGAAAGAAUACAGCACAGAAGACAGCAAAGGGCAUAUGUCAAGAAGCCAUGAGCCUCCUUCUCCUCCUUCCACAUUGUCUCCUCCUCCUACUCCUCAUCCAUCAACUCUUGCUACCACUCUCUCUUCACCUCCCUCGCCGACACCUAAUUGCCGCCCCUGCCGAGGGAGGAAGUGGGCCCUUGAUACGACAUCGUGUCAGUGCAGAUGCAUCAUCAGAGAUGAGAACUGCAGCCGGAAAGGCCAGAGACUCAACCUUCGCCGCUGCAAAUGUGAAGCCACAAGGACUUGAUGUGUCCGCCCACUUUAUUUUCAACUCGCCGAAUUUCUCAAAUCUCAAUUCAUCACCCAAGCUAACCAUCAGUGCCAGUACAGAUGCUUGGACGUCCAGUAUCCACGUCCAAAGCGAAGGAAACAGUAGUAGAAGCACACACAAGAACCUGUAUUAGUGCAUCAUUACAGCCCAAAUGUGCCCUAGAUUUGCAUGUGUGCAAACAUCUUUCCACCUCCUUGCUCCCGUGGCAAGAUUUCAUGUACAUGCGUGCACGGACAUCUGGUGUGACUUGAGUGAAGGAUUAAAGCGGUGGAAAAUUGGCAAGUCUGAGAGGGACUCGGGAACAAGAUCUGCAGCAGGUAAAUAUAUUCUGCUGUGGUUUUGGAGACUGGGACUCCAAAACGUUCCUUUCAACUGCAACCAAAUUACUUAAGAGAGCAGUGGAAACAAGAGAAAUGCAACCCAACAACAACAGCGUGGAUACAGUAAAUGGGACCAGCCUUACACAGGUGUCCCGCAUAUUGACGCUUCGGUGGAACGUUUGAUUGUUUGUUCUCAAGGAAACUGCUCAUGGAGACGGAUUCAACAUUUAAGUCAAGGCCAGAUGAUUUGAGCAGCAACAACAAUAUAUUAUUUGUUGGGCACUUAUACACAUAUAGACACCAGAAGGAUAUGAGGCAUGCAUGUGGACUGGCACCCCACUGUUGUUGGACCUGUAGUUGAGCUGAAUACAAGGAUGGAGCGUAUCUGUGUGGUCUCCGUGCUGAAAGACGCAGAUGGGUUAUCCCUGCACCCGUUCACUCUUAUUCAAAGCAUAUGACCACGGGCUGGCUCUCCAAGCCUCUUUCCGGCAUUUGUUUAAUUUCAGCCUUUUGUGUGCGUUUCUCCUCAGCUCCUCGAUUGAAAGGAGCCGCUUUGCCUCUUCUUGCCUCUCUUUAGGCAGUGAGGAGAAUGACAAUAAUGAGGCUUGGCGGCUCUCCACUGCUUCACACACACAAACAUUCACUCUUGUAAUACCAGGAACACGGAAAACACAACAAAUGCAGACCUUUACUUUGCUGCAGCACACACACAUCCAUAUUUACAUACAAACAUGCAAUGUGAAAUGAAUGCAGGUAGUCAUAAGCUUUUUUUGUGUAAAUAAAUGCAAGUUAUUUGCAAUUUACUGCAAACUCUGCAUUAAGAAUUGUAUAACAUGCCACUGUUUUAUAUUUUAUUAUAAUUCUGUCAAGUUGAUUGGAAAGAUAUUGCAGAGUGCAUUGCGGAAUGUGUCUUUGUUUUGUUUGUGUUCAUCUUUAAUCCGUGUGCAUAACAAAUCACGCUGGGUGGCCUGCUAAACCGAUACCUAAAUGUAUUGAAUUUAAACAGAGAGAGCUCACACGAGUCACAAAUGGGAGAGUCUAUACACUACAAUGUGUAAUUCAAACAAUCAGUGGGGUGGUGUUGCAUCCAGAACACAGAAACCAAGCAAAUACCCGUCCCCAUUGCAGUGAAAGGAAAACACAGCUAUUGUUGUUGCACGUUAGAGCCCGGAUGGAGAGAGUAUUAUUUUCUUGGAACAUAUCUUGUUUAUAUUCCGACAGAAUCUCACGGUUUUACUCCGUGCUGCUUUAUGAUAGUUUGGCUGCUGAGUGGGAACAGGGAUUUGAACGGUCACUGCCUCACUUCUUCAGCUGCUUGUCAGUCAGUGUGACAAGCCAAAGCGGGAGCUCGGAGGACCUGAAGUUGCAGGUCAGGGAGUUUAAACCCAGUUUUUACACCCAUUCAGAGCCUGUCUGUCUGCUGUGCCAAAUUUGACCGAGAACCCAUACCCCUGGUAGCGCUUGGAUUAGGGUAAGAAACUGAGAAACAAUCGCCUGGAAACUCCAUGAUUCCUAUCUCAACUCUCCCGAGGUUUCAUAUGGUCCUGCUGAUUGAAGAAUAGUCACGCAGAAAUAGUAUGUAGUCCAGAGUGUCAAUUAUUUAUGUGUCCGCCUUGAAGCAACAAUACUUUGUUUCAGUGGCUGCUAUGAUAAGCUUUGUAUUUAUAUUCUCCUGAGAUGAGAUUUUUUUUUUCAUGCUCAUUGUUCAGUGUUUAUUGCUAUGAAUCAAUGCUUCAAUCACUACCUCUAUAUAUAAUAACAUACUAAUGACCAAGUAUUAGAGCAUUAUUGUUACUUUCUCUGUGUUAGAUUGGAUAAUGAUACGUUUGGCAAUAAGUACAGCCUCCGUCCAGAGGCUGAAUAUCAUUAAUUUAGAGAAGUUUUCUGAAGGGAAGAACUUUUCAUGACAGGAGAGCUGACCUGGUCCUCCACAUACAGACCAGACACUGUGUGACGAUGUGGAAAGAGAGAAGGGUUUCCCAAACCUUUUUUUUUAUUUUUAGCCUCAAAUCAAUCUUGACCUUUUAGGUAUAUUUUUGUAAGGGAAACAUUCAAGUUCGAAGAGAGAAUUAACACCACUCUCAUAUCUGUGUUGUAAAUAAGAAGCUGGAUGGUGCAGUAUGUCAGCUUUGCAUAAAGAGUGAAAACAGCAUCAGCUGACAUGGCUCUGUCAGAGGUACUGAAAUCCAUGUGGAGGAAAUUUCACUUGCUGGUUCUUACACAAUUUUACCAAUGCUUUUAUUUCUCAAGCCUGUUAAGUUAUUUCUAUUUUCCGCCUCAAAAAUCCUAGAUAAACUGUCACAAGAGGCCAAAGUGAUUAACCCUGGGCUCUAUGGAUAAGAGACGCUUGGGACAGUUUUGAAACACUUCCUUGCCCCCAUCACCAGGCUAGAGGGCUUUUCUUUCUUUCUUUCUUUUUUUACUUUUGCUUAAUCAGCGUAAGUAACAGCCUCAUACCAAUGAGUCACUAAAUGCUUGAAUCUAUUCAAAAGUUCACAAAAGCAACUCUACCUAGUCCGAUUGAACAGAAAUGCUGCAACAAUCCUCCAUACAUUUUCAUCUUAUUAGCACCAGGAUACCUCAGAAACGUGCCAACUAGUUGAGGCUUUAGUAACAUGUGGUCCUGGUCCACGGACCUCCAAGGUUGAGGGGGUUAAAGGUCUUGGUAGGCAGAUUAUGUUACUUUUGGAAAGAGCCAGGCUGCUUAGUUCUGUUUUCAAUCUUAGUGCUAAACCAAAGCACCCAGCUGAUGAUGUCAAACUACAUGUUUACAGGACAAACAUGGGAGUGGUACCAAUUCUCUCAUCUUACUUUCGCCAAGAGGGGAGAAAAAAAAUGUACUUCCAAAAUUCUUUUAAACACUGCCGUUAAGGGUUUUUACUCACUUAUAGCUAUUGCUAUUCAUGCAUUAAUAAUCUGCAUGGACCGACAGAUUGUCCAGCCAUUGCUUCUUAAUUAUAGUUAACUGCAAACAAUAGGCAAAGAAAUGUUUUGGGAAACCCAAGAAUCCUUAAACCUCAGUACAGAUUGCACUUGUCUUUGAGAUCGCAGAGCACAUAUGGUAGAUUAAUACGCUGGGAACAACGUCAAUAAAAUGUGUGUUAAUGACAAUGCUGACAUGGACUGCCCUUGUGCAAACCCAUGUUACAUAUAGUAUAUUGUACAUUCCACCUAGAAGACUUGUGGCGCUCACAAAACUUUAUGGAUUGCUUGUAGAGCUCCGGUUUUUACAUCUUGUGACCAAAUUUUUUUUAUUUCCCAGUGUUGAUUGUUAUCAUUGAAAGCAGCAACAGCUGAUUCAACUAAAGAUGUAUUGUUAUCUGUCCAGUCAAAUUACAUCAAAACCACUUAAGAUACAAGGUAUGGACAUGUUACUAUCUUAUUCAAGUCCUGAUCCUGUGUGCGCAUCAAUCAUCAGUGUGCUUUGUAUGUUAACAGUCUCCAGUGUACUGUUAAGGUAGCCCUGUUCCAGCCUCCAAUAACGUAGUAGGCUAUUGAUAUCCCUUACUGAACUAUAUAACAUCUUAUAACCUGUAAUAAACCCAUUGUAUGACGUAGUGCAUACUUUAGAAAUAUAUUUGUUACUUCAUUUUAGCUAUUCAUUGCAAUGAAUCUCUUCUCUGCAAUUACAUUGUACUACUGUAGCCUAUAUAGAGGAAAACCGACACUCUUUUUUUUUGCUGCUACACCAUUUGUGCCCUCAAAUGAUGUCUUUGUAGAAAAACAAUGCAGGUUUAAGUUGUAUUAGCUUAUAAAUGCCAGUUAAUCGAUUCAAUGUCAACAUUAAAGUGUACUCUGCAUCAUCAAAUAUAUUCAAAAUUAUACCAGAAUACAACCGUGAUGUUACAAAUGUUAUUAAAGAAAAUGUCUUAUUUUUCAUAUAUACCUCUCGCUUUCUUCCUGUCCAUCUGGUGACCCUCUGCUCUGGCCUCCU